AAUUGAAUGUAAGAAUAAUAGCCAGCAGUAAUAAUAGAUAAUGGUUCUGGAUAAUGUAAAGCAGGUAUAGCAGGAGAAGAUGCACCUAGAUGUUGUUUUCCAGCAAUUGUAGGUAGAACAAAAUAAAAGAAUGCAAUGUGUACAAUGGAUAACAAAGAUUUAUUUGUUGGAGAUGAAGCAUAAGCAAAAAGAGGAAUUUUAACAUUGAAAUAUCCCAUAGAUAAUGGAAUAGUAAAUAAUUGGGAUGAUAUGGAAAGAAUAUGGCAUCAUACUUUUUAUAAUGAAUUAAGAGUGUCUCCUGAAGAUUAACCAGUUUUAUUAACAGAAGCUCCAAUGAAUCCUAAAUUUAAUAGAGAAAGAAUGAUAUAAAUAAUGUUUGAAACUUUUAAUGUUCCAUCUUUUUAUGUAUCAAUUUAAGCUGUUUUAUCCCUUUAUUCAUCAGGUAGAACUACAGGAUUAGUAGUUGAUUCAGGAGAUGGAGUAACUCAUUGUGUACCUAUUUUUGAAGGUUAUUAAAUGCCUCAUGCUAUCACUCGAAUCGAUUUAGCAGGUAGAGCAUGCACAGAUUAUUUGACAAAUAUUCUUAAUGAAUUAGGAUAUUCAUUUACUUCAUCAGCCGAAAGAGAGAUUGUUAAAGAUAUUAAAGAGAAAUUGUGUUAUACAGCAUUAGAUCCUAAAGAAGAAUAUAAAAAAUAUUAAGAAAGUAAUUCUUAAAAUAGACCAUAUGAAUUACCUGAUGGGAAUAUAUUGACUAUUAAAGAUUAGAGAUAUAGAUGUUCUGAAAUAUUAUUUUAACCUGAACUUAUUGGAUUAGAAGUUGCAGGUAUUCAUUAAUUGUCUUUUUCUUCAAUUAUGAAAUGUGAUAUCGAUGUAAGAAAAGAUCUUUAUAAUAAUAUUGUUAUGUCUGGAGGUACAACUCUCUUUCCAGGAAUACCAGAGAGAUUAACUAAAGAAAUGACAAAUUUAGCACCUUCAUCAAUGAAAAUUAAAGUAAUUGCUCCUCCUGAGAGGAAAUUUUCAGUCUGGAUUGGAGGCUCUAUUUAAUCUACACUAACUACAUUUUAAUCUUAGUGGGUUACAAGAUCUGAGUAUGAUGAAUCAGGACCAACAAUUGUUCACAGAAAAUGUUUCUGA